AUGAAUAUGUUGGAUGAUGAAGAUGACCAAAGCUUUCACGCUACGUGUGACGGCUACUUCCAUUUGAGCGAUGUCGAAUGGGAUGCGGUUGAACGGAUGGGUUCAACCAUGGGCAUCCAUGCUGUUAGCGUCAUGCUAGAGGCUCUCAAUAGAGAUGCCCAACAUGCUACUAUCGCCAAGUUCAUUCAAAAUGAACUUGACGCUGAACGCGAGAAAGUAGCCUUGCUUCACCAACAGGGUUCUCAACAAGCAGAGUUGUUGAGAGAACAGGGUGCUCAACAGUUUGAACUGUUGAGACAGCAGCAGGCUGCUGCUGGUGGGUCGAUGCACUCGCGUCGACCCGAAACCUUGAAGGUUGACAUCUCCAAGUAUAGUGGAGUCGAAGAGGACUCCCUCUUGAGAUAG